AACAACAUUUUCCUUCUAAACCAAUAAAAUAGGAAUAUGUGCAACUUUUUUCGUGGGAAACUUACCAGUCGAUUAGAACUCGGUAUUUUGGCCAUCGGCAUAUUAAUACUUAGUGUUUUUAUUAUUACAUAUGUGUCUACCCGUGAAACCUUUAACAUAUACCACAAAAUCGGAAUUGGGGAAGGCAGCUUUGCAAUUUUAGCUGCAAUAUUUAUUCUGCUUGGGGCAAUCUUGAAUAACCGCUUUCUUGUGUGGACUUGGGUGGCAAUAAUAGUUCCGGUAUUUGUUUCAACUACCAUCGUAUUUAUAAUCAAGUUGUGCAGAGAAUGGGAGUUUAUCAAAGAGCUGGAGAAAGUAUACACCAUUACCUUUUUAAUAAUUUUUCCAUGUUUCGGUUUGUAUCUGGUUUACAUAUCAGUGAUAUAUGCAUUGGAAUUAAAAAGAUCAAGAAGUGCAAUGGAAGACCGUAUCGGUAUAUACCUGGUGAGGUGCCUUUGA